GCUGCUCCCCUCAGGAUGUUCGAGGCGCGGCUGGUGCAGGGCUCGGUGCUCACGGUGCUGGAAGCGCUCAAGGACCUCAUCACCGAGGCCUGCUGGGACCUGGGCUGCGGCAUCAGCCUGCAGAGCAUGGACUCCUCGCACGUCUCCCUGGUGCAGCUCACGCUGCGCUCCGAGGGUUUCGAUACCUACCGCUGCGACCGCAACAUCGCCAUGGGCGUCAACCUCUCCAGCAUGUCCAAAAUACUGAAAUGUGCUGGAAAUGAAGAUAUCAUAACUCUCCGAGCAGAGGACAAUGCGGAUACGUUGGCUCUAGUGUUUGAAGCACCAAAUCAGGAAAAGGUUUCUGAUUAUGAAAUGAAGCUGAUGGACCUUGAUGUGGAGCAGCUUGGAAUUCCAGAACAGGAAUACAGCUGCGUGGUGAAAAUGCCCUCAGCCGAGUUUGCGCGCAUCUGCCGGGACCUCAGCCACAUCGGGGACGCUGUUGUCAUCUCCUGUGCAAAAGAUGGGGUGAAAUUCUCAGCUAAUGGGGAGCUGGGCAAUGGGAACAUCAAACUCUCACAGACCAGUAACGUGGAUAAAGAGGAAGAAGCUGUGACAAUAGAGAUGAACGAGCCAGUCCAGCUGACCUUUGCUCUGAGGUACUUGAACUUUUUUACCAAAGCCACUCCCCUGUCUCCUACAGUCACACUCAGCAUGUCUGCAGAUGUUCCUCUUGUUGUGGAGUACAAGAUUGCUGACAUGGGACACUUAAAAUACUACCUGGCUCCAAAGAUUGAAGACCAACAAGAAGGCUCCUAAUUGGAGUAGGAUUGAGGGGGAGGACAUCUGCUCAGCUCUUGAGAGAGGACAACUGAGGAGGAAAUGGUGUCAUUAGCAAUUUCAGUGUGUUGGAGCUUCAUCUGAGCACUGCUAGGCAUGUGGUGUAGAUACCUGUGUAAAUAUUUUUCAAUUUACUAUUUUGCUAUUCUUGGGGCCAUUGGAAAUAGGAAAUCUUGUUUUUCUAGGCUCUUCCUGUACUUGUACUCCCUUAGGUGCUGCCUUGAGAUGAAAUGUCCUUAUCUUAAGGUGAAAUACUCCUCAACUUGGGUUAGAGAAGGGGUGCAAUAUUUAUCUUUAGUCAAGAUGUUUCCUUGUUUCACCUCCAGAGCUGUAGUUGACUGUAGGGUUGCUGUUCAGUUAUGCCAUGAGUUUAUUUGAUUUUACUGCCUUUGUUUUUUUACCCUCGUAUCCUCAUUGAAACUUGGAAAGUGGAAAUAAAGAAAUACCAUUUCAUGG